GCCGCCCCCGGAAGCGCCGCGGGGCUGCUUCCGGCCGCGCGCCCCGCCCGAGCCGCAGCGCGAGGAGACAAGAUGGCAGGGCUGCCCCGCAGGAUCAUCAAGGAGACCCAGCGCCUGCUGGCAGAGCCUGUCCCCGGGAUCAAGGCGGAGCCGGAUGAGAGCAACGCGCGUUACUUCCACGUGGUGAUCGCAGGGCCGCAGGACUCCCCCUUUGAGGGUGGGACAUUUAAACUUGAACUAUUCCUUCCUGAAGAAUACCCCAUGGCAGCUCCAAAAGUACGUUUCAUGACCAAAAUUUACCACCCUAACGUAGACAAGCUGGGAAGAAUAUGUUUAGAUAUCUUGAAAGAUAAAUGGUCCCCAGCCUUGCAGAUCCGUACAGUUCUGCUAUCAAUCCAGGCUUUGUUAAGUGCUCCAAAUCCAGAUGAUCCUCUAGCAAAUGAUGUAGCUGAGCAGUGGAAGACCAAUGAAGCCCAAGCCAUAGAAACAGCCAGAGCAUGGACUAGGCUAUAUGCCAUGAAUAAUAUUUAAACCUGCUUUCAACAUCAAGUGUGCAUCACUUCUCCUCUUCUGCCAAGACCUCUUCCUUGUUUUUUGGGGUUUUGUUCUGAUUUCCUUUAUUUUUUGGUGUUUUGUUUGCAUUUAAUGGACACAGUCUUAGAAAACCAUGACAGAAUAAAAGCCCAGCCAUCUCCAGUCCUUUGGUGAUUAAAUGCACAUUAGCAACCCUGUGUCUUGUCCUAAUUCACUGUUGUACCGCAUGAGCAGAGGCUAGAAGCAGCAUCUGGAUUGUCGUGAAGUCGUUUGAAAGCAGCAGCAGCACAUCUCUGCUUUUGAUCAGUUUCGGUCUCCCUGCCCCCCUGCCCUUGGUCUCAGUAUAAGCACUGUGAAUGACGGUAGGCAAGGGUUAGCUGCAGGGCUUUGUUUUGAUUUCGUGGGCUCCUCCUUCCCCCCCCCCCCCCCUUUUUAUGGUGAUGCUAAUUGCAUUGGUAAAAGCAGCUAACCAGUUCUAGACUAUUCCCUCUAGCCCAGUCUAACUUAGCCGCUGUAGGUGGAGAAGCUUCACUGUCUGAGCGCCCGGCUGGGAGCGCGAAACCAUCCAUCACCCUCCCUGAUAACGUCGUGGUUCUGCUGUUGAGUGUAGAGAAACAACCCCCCGAGGAAAAGCUUGUGAGCAUUCUGUAUGGCUUGUCUGGAAACAGCCCCUCCUGUACAUCUUCUGUUCUAGUAAAACGUUGGUUUGUAAUUCUACUUUGGCCUUUGUACAGUCUCUUUUUGCUGUCUUCUCCCUGCUCUGGCAGUCACCGGAGGAGCAAAGGCGAUGCCCUGACAGAUCCAAGCCUCCAGAGGUGGAAGGAGCAAGCUUUCAGCUCUCUGUUCUCUGCUGCUUUCUUGGUUAGUUGGUGUUAGGUGGCUGACCUUGCCCUGGCCGAGCUGGCAGGGAGCUGUGUGUGCAGUGGCUUUUAGACCCCAGUCUCUGCUGGUUCUCACCAGCCCUUUAGCAGUCCUUGCGGUGCGUUCCCGGGGAGCUCCUCGGGGCGGGCGGAGGCUGAGGGCGGCGACCUGCACCGCUCCUCUCUGCUGCUCCUUGUCGCCUCUUAGGCUGCACACUUCUCUCCCUCCUUUAGUCCCUGCCCUCUACGAACACAAAUCACCGGUGUGUAGAAGCAGUUGCCAGCAGCUUGUGUACCAUCUGAUGUGUGCUUAACCACUUACUACAGCCUCAUGCCACUGGUUUUCUCUACAGCUCCUAGUAGCUACUUGCUUGAGCAACUGCUCCGCUUCCAUAGCGACAAAGCUGCUUUAGUGCAGGGAAGGGAAGUGAUGGAAGAACUUCCCUUUCAUCCUUGGUUUUUUUGUGUCUGCAUCUUGUCUGGGAGUCCAGCAUCUUCCCUGAGCACCUCUCUUUUUGCUUCCUUCUAAUUUUUUUUUAUCCCUGUUCUCUUUAUUCCUCUCCCCUCAGAAAAACAAACACAAAAGAGAGAGGAGAGGGGGGAAAAAAGGCUCAAAAAGCUUUUGUUGAGGCAGAGCUGAAGUGUGUGAGCUUGUAGUGGCUGCAGUAGGGAGUGUUUAGUCAGGCAGCUCAGGAGUGAUGGUUCUGUGGUCUGUUGGUUUUCUCCCUCUUUUCCUUCAGUGUCAUCUGAAAUGUCUCUAGACUGUGGUGUAUUUAUUGUGCUCUAAUGUAAGAUGAAGAAUAUCUAUUAAAACUACAUUUUCCAACA